CUGCUGGUCAGCAAAACGUCAGCAACCACCACAUCAGUGGACUUCCAUUCUGGCUUGGAGUUGCACAAUGGUGUAUAUUAUGGCAACCACAGGAGUUUCAUGUGUGAAUCCUGGCCAUAGAUGCCGGAGACAUCCAUUACAACCAGAUGGCUGAAGGCGCACUUGGCUUCCAUCAUGGUCUCCUCGCAUCCCAAAACUAACAUGGAUUUAGUCUAUUUUUUUUGAGAAGGAGAAAGAAGUGAUAACCUCUCAAGCAACUGAUUUCUAGAUCAUCCAAAUGACCUUACAGAUGGCCAUAUAUACAGGCAAGAAAAAGAACGCUGUGAGAAAGGACGGUUCCAUUUUGGGACUAGCGCCAAGUGUCUUUUUGGCACAGCCGGCGGCUGGCACAUUCUGACUUCUCCAUCCAUCAACAACGCGCGUAUCUUCCGCACUCUGAAUCGUCUCCACAUCCACACCACUGCCUGAUCGUCUUGAUUUCCGUUUCUAUCUGCUAUACCUACCUCUGCGACCGUCUUUGCACGUUUAUUUCGCAAUGCCUGGCGGAAAGGGAAAGUCUAUCGGUGGAAAGGGCGGAAAGGGUGAUGCUGCGGGGAAGGCCCAGAAGUCUCACAGCGCAAAGGCUGGUCUGCAGUUCCCCUGUGGUCGUGUCAAGCGUUUCUUGAAGAACAACACUCAGAACAAGAUGCGUGUCGGUGCUAAGGCUGCCGUCUACGUGACCGCUGUUCUUGAGUACCUGACUGCCGAAGUUCUCGAACUCGCGGGUAACGCCGCCAAGGAUCUCAAGGUCAAGCGUAUCACGCCUCGCCACCUCCAGCUUGCCAUCCGUGGUGAUGAAGAAUUGGACACCCUCAUCCGCGCAACCAUCGCCUUCGGUGGUGUCUUGCCCCGCAUCAACCGGGCGCUGCUCCUGAAGGUCGAGCAAAAGAAGAAGGGUGGCAAGAUCGAGCUCUAAAUCAACAUCUGAAAAGUUCCGAAAAGAUGGGCUGGCACCGCAGGAGGUACCGUCCAGACGUCAAGACCUUGACUCCUAAACCUACGACCAAUCCCGGCUGCCCUUUUUUUCGGUCCUCUCGUCUUUGUUCUUCACGGCGCUCUACUUUGAUGUAUUUUUUCUGAUAUUCCCCGGUCUUUGCUUUCAAUCGUGUUUCUUUUCAUUCGAGUUCAUAGGGCGCUGUAAUGGGAAAAUGGGGAUAUCCUGGUAGUGGGAAUUUUACUGAUUCGAUGUGCUUCACCAUUCAUUUACUAUGUAGUAAUUGUACGAUUAUAUAUUUGUAGGCCUUCAGCCGUGUACAGAAAAGUGUGUACAGUAGAAGUGAGGCUAUGUAGAGU